AUGUCUGAUGUGGACGAAGCAGCCCGACGACUGUCCAAAAGUGGCAGGAGCCUCUAUGCAGUGCUGGAGCUCAAGAAGGGUGCGUCACCUGAAGAUGUCAAAAAGGCGUACAGGUCACUGGCUUUGAAGUGUCAUCCAGACAAGAAUCCAGGGAACCCUCAAGCAGCAGAAAUAUUCAAGGAGAUCAACACAGCCCACGCCAUACUGAGUGACCCUAAGAAGCGGAAAAUCUAUGACCGGCAUGGCUCAUUGGGAAUAUAUCUAUAUGAUCACUAUGGCGAAGAAGGCGUCAGAUACUAUUUUACUCUGAAUAGUUGUUGGUUCAAGACACUUGUCAUCCUGUGUGUACUGCUCACUGGCUGCUGUUGCUGUUGUUGCUGCUGUUUUUGCUGUGGAACACUUAAACCACCUCCUGAGCAGGCUAAUAGGAGGAAAUACGAACAGAACGUCCAGAGAGAGCCUCCAAGGCCAGGUGCUGACCCAGUGAGGGUGCCUUCUGCUGCCCAGUCCACUGGACACAUUGAAGAGAGAAGCAAGUAG